UACGUUGUGAUAGUAAAUAACACAGGUAUAUUUUUUACGACAAGAUAUCGUGCGGUAUAGGAAUGGUAUGCACAUAUUAGUUUAAUGUAAAGUUAUAUGAGGGUUAUUAAUAAUUCAACAACAAAAGGUAAUUAUUUCUCUGUGACAGAUGAUCUAAUCAAUAUUCCCUGAACUCGGUGAACAGGACCCUGUGAUGAUUAUCAACAUGGCGGUGGACGUGGCAGCUUUAAAACGGGUCCUAGGACUUUUUGUCUGUUUAUGUGUGACAAGGACCUCGUUACAACGCGAAGACGCCGAUGGAAUUGUAUAUAGUGCAGAUGGCAAAGAUACAACUGCUUUUGGUUCUGCUAAGCCAAUGAGGUUUCUCCUGUAUGAUGUUAACCCAGGCGAGGGAUUUAAUCUGCGUCGAGAUGUGUAUAUUCGUGUGGCAAACCUUGUUAAAUUCCUCAAUGAAGAUGAGCCGUGGACCCUGGUACUUCCCCCCUGGGGGAGGCUCUAUCAUUGGAAGUCUAACAUUGAUCAGAUCAAGGUGCCCUGGGGGACCUUCUUUGACCUGGAGAGCCUCGGGAGACACGUCCCCGUGAUGGAGUAUAAGGAUUUUAUUAAAAUGUCUGGAGGAGCUGUUAUUGAGGAGGUGUAUUACCUGCAGAGAUACAAGGAGGGAUGGAAAGAUGGAAAGUGGGAAGAAAGAAUGGACAUCCGUGACUGCCUGGACCAGAACUAUUAUCAUAAGGAUGAAGAAGGUGCCUGGAGAGGCUGGUUCUGGGGAUAUGAGGAGACCAAGGCCAAAAAACUCCAGUGUUUGUCAGUGCAGGCUCAGGCCAGCUCCAUGAAACCGUUUCUGAUGCACAACACCACAGCAAGGUCUGUGAUGUUUCCUAUGGCACAAACAAUCAUUCACGGCCAGUGGGACAGGUGGAGCCCUUGGUUCUGGAAUGCACGUCGCAGUAUGAGAUUUUCUAAACAGUUGCGUGAUAUAGCUGACAAGUUCCGGGAACAAGAGCUGGACUCUACGGACGAGAAGGACAGGACAGUCCUGCUGGAGGACUGGACCAAGAUGAGGAGAAAGCAUGGUGACGCGCUGGGAGGGCCGUAUCUGAGUAUUCACCUGAGGCGGAGAGAUUACCUGUAUGCCCACAAAGAAGAAGUCCCCAGUCUGUUGUAUGCAGCAGAACAGAUCAAGUCAGGCCUGGAGAAACACAAACUGAAGACUGUCUUUGUGGCCACAGACGCCCCAAAAGAAGAGUUUGAGGAGCUGAAAGGGUACCUACAGGGCUACAAAGUAGUCAAAUAUACUCCUACCAAAGAGGUUCUGGAGUCCUUUAAAGAUGGCGGUAUUGCUAUUAUAGAUCAGUGGAUAUGUGCACACGCAAGGGUUUUCAUUGGCUCCUAUGUGUCCACUUUCUCAUUCCGUAUCCAAGAGGAGCGCGAGAUUCUUGGGUUUUCCCAGGACGUGACAUAUCGCAGGUUUUGCCCAGAUGGUCAGCUGACGUGUGAACAGCCGUCCAAGUGGGUGGUGAAGUAUGACGAGGAGAACCAAGGCCGUGGAUUACAUACAGAACUGUGAUGGAAAUACUCCAUAGGUGGCAUUAAUUUGCAAGAUAGGACAACAGAACUUGCUGAAUUAUAAAACAUGAAUGGGCAUAAUAUGAUCAUAAGAAGUGGAACAAAGUGGUAACAUUCUGUAGUGUAAAAGAUUCAAUUAUAAACGUGUGGAAAAGUGUGGAAUAUUAGGUAGCUCAGGACACCGAGAUAUUUUCAUUAUUUCUUCAGCUCAGUGAUCAUAUUCUGAAGUUUUAUAUCUCAGUUUUAAACUAUCGUCUUUAAUUGGGUUGCUAGGAACCAAGGCAUUUAAAGAGACCAGGCAAGAUGUAAGAGGCAAAUUAUUGAGGUGAAACAUCCCAUCUUACUUUCUAGCCUUUCAUUUCAAUUUUCUUAAUCCUCAUUUGUCAAACACAGCACCUUAGUCAUUCAGAACACCAUCCUAUGUGUAUUUACUAGGCAUAGUUAGGUAUUUGUCUUGGCAAAUUAAAAUUGAACUUUAAUCUCACGUUGUCAUCUAUGAUGUCAACUUAAUACUUUCCCUCUUUUAAGAAUAUAAUCAUUAUAAAGUUUAUGAACUGCAACUAAUAAUAAUGAUGUCCAUAAAUAACAAACAAACAAA